AUUUGAUAAAAGAUAAAGAUCAGAUCAUAUAAAUACAGGGCAAAAACCUUGGCAUCUGUUCCUACUUAUUCUCGUCAUCACAUUUGAAUAACUCUUUCACUUCUCUUCUCAAUCAGUACGCAGGUCGUCUACCCUACUUAGUCUCUAUAUCCAAAAAUGCAAUUUCAAAUCACUUCUAUCGUUGCCGCCAUUGUUGCUACUCUUACCAUUUCCUCUGUCACUGCCGCUCCUGCCUCUGCUGGUCAUGAUUUAGUCAAGAGAGGUCAUUCUUAUUCCGGCACUGCCACUUGGUACAAGCCUGCUACUGAAGGUGGUCCUGAAGCCGCUUGUAACGGUGAACAUAUCGAUAAUGACUCUCAAAUUGUUGCCCUCAAUGCUGAUCAAUAUGGUGACUUGGAUAGCAAAUCAAAAUGGUGUGGUAAGAAGAUCCGUAUCAAAGGCGAAAAAGGCACUGCUACAGCUACUAUUCUCGAUGCCUGUCCAGAAUGCUCCGAAGGUGAUCUUGAUCUUACUCCCUCUUUAUUCAAAAAAGUCGUCGGUGAUAUGGAUGCUGGCGUCGGUGAUAUUACUUGGGAAGUUAUCUAA